CGCACCACUAAGGCCAUUUGUGUAAAAUUUUUAUUAACACCGCAAGUCCUUACUCUUAACUCCAAUAUAUCACCACCAUAUUUAUUAAAUUCAUUAUAGGGACAGCUCGCAGCUAUGGCCAGUGUCAAAAAGUAUGCGAACGCAGGCAUUCCCACACACUACGAAUGUAGCCUGCAUGGGCUUCUAGCCAACGACCACGAGCCCCAACUGCGAACGCGCCUAGAGGCCCUGUGUGGUGACACUGAAGCAGCGCAUCGUGAGCUGCACCACGAAAUAAGCUGUAUCCCCUGCGUUGAAACACCUAUUGGGCCGCUGCGCCGAGAGGACCACGUACUGCGCCUACGUAUCGAAAUGGAUCCCAAGGACCCGUUGAACGAGGAAAAAUACACAAACACAAUAUGUCUUCUGGGCCACCCAGAGCCGCGGUCAGGGCGGGGCGCGUCCGUUAGGCCGGCAAUCUUUGCGCAGGUAUUUUCGGGCAACGCGGCGCAAUUCCUCAGUCUGCUGGGCUACAAGUACAACUCGGAGUUUGUGCGCAAGGGCUACUGGUUCCUGUACCGCAGUAUAUUUAAGGUCAUCGUAAGCCAGAUAUACCGCCUCGAGGAAGAGGGGAAUGUGCAGUCGGCCCAGCCGGCGGAUCCGCAGGGGAGCUGGAUUGUGCAGGUGGUUGCCGACGCGAUGAGCCAGGAGCAAGUCCCUCGGAUGUGUGAGCAAUUGAUGAGCUGAAGGCACUGUUUGAGGACUUUGUAGAGCUUGUCGUCGUCGACCACGCGUUUUUGGAAAACAGGAUCCCUUACAACAACUGAUUCAGAUAUCUUGGUGCGUCGUUGGCUGGAGCAAGGUCCGCGCGGCCUUCAUUCUUGCUCGUGAUCCCGAGAGUCGCCUUCGCGAACCAGACAGACCUCGACUGCAAUGUCGUUGCUGAGGAGUAUGUCUAUCCAGUC